AUGAACAGUGCUCUCCGAGCUCGGCAAAGUCACAUGGAACAGUGCUCUCGAGUCGCAGUGUCGCGCGCGGAACAGUGCUCUCCGGAGCUCGGCAGUGUCGCGCACACGGAACAGUGCUCUCCAGAGCUCGGCAGUGUCGCGCACACAGAACAGUGCUCUCCGGAGCUCGGCAGUGUCGCACACAGAACAGUGCUCUCUGGAGACAUUUUGGACACGUUGCUGAACUGCCUGAUGGACAUGGCUCUUGAGGUGGGCUACUGCAGGGACCUGAGCCACGUCACCACCUUGUUCCUCCUUUAUCUGCCUGAGGAGGACAUAUUCUGGGCACUGGCCCAGCUGCUGGCUGCUGAGAGGCACUCCCCACAGGCACCUCAUGAAGAUGUCCAGGGGUGGCCGUGGGCGUGUUUUCAGGACCAGUUCUCCCAUAGCUGGGCGCUGGAUGACGAUGUAGUUCUCAGACACCCUCGGACCUCUAUGAGGAAACUAACAAGGAAGCGUGGGGAUCUGCCACCUCCAGCCAAACCCGAGCAAGGGUCCUUGACACCCAGGCCUGUGCUGGCUUCACCUGGCAGGAAGACCCUCUGGCAGGGGGAUAGGCAGGCCCCUCGGCCACCAACCUGGUUCCAGUGGCCCAUUUGGUCAGCUUCCCCGCCAUGGGCGCCUCGUCCUUUCACACCCCAUCCUGAUGGGACUGUCCAUGAGGCCAAGGCCCCACUGGGGACUCAGGGUGUGCCCAGUCUGGCCCUGGCUCAUGGGGGACCUUGGGUUUCCUGGAGGUUCCUCCAGUGGAACUCCAUGCCACAGCUUCCUAUGAAUUUGGAUGUGGGGGGUCCUUGUUGCCCCCGUUAUGAUUUUGAACAGAGCUGCUGGGUCCAAUCCCUGGGUGGCACAGUUUCCCAGGAGGACCAGCUGGCCACCUGCUGGCAGGCUGAUCACACUGCGGAGGGGCUGAGAUUGGCUUUCACUGCACUGAGUCACAAUGUGGACACGGACUUGCCGGCCCUGCAGGGCACACAGCACUGCUUCCGACCAGGGCACCUCAUUCACAGCGAGAGACGUGCAGCAGUGUGUUCCCACCUCAGGGCCUUGACUCAACAGGAAGACGCCUUCGCUGCCCAAUGCGAAGGUUAUGGGGAGGACGUGGCAUCUUCAGCAGUGGGGAAGGGGUUGCACUGUGCCAGCCUCACCCUGGCCACUGUCUGUCCUAGUGACUUAGAGCCCAGAUCUUGCCUCGUCAAUGAGGACAACAUGGCCAUGCAUCUAGAAGGCGUCCAGCACAGAGGAUCCAGGACCACACAGGAGACAGCUGUGCAUCUCCCUGGACGUUGGGAAAGGCUGCCAGUGGGGAAGAUGCUCAGUGGCCCUUAA